AACCUUCUUCCCCAAACCAAAAAUCAAACAUGACUCCUACAACAUUAUGUGUUUCUCUCCUCUUCUUCUUCUCUUUACAACUUUCAAUCUCCUCUUCUUAUAAAACCAGAACAUAUAGCUAUAGUCCCGGGCCGUAUGGCAGGAAUCCGACUCCAUCGUACGAGCCUACGAGCGACAUUUACCUAUACUUAAAGGCACAAAAUGACGCUCGUAAAGCCGUUGGGGUGCCCCCAUUGUCGUGGGACAACCGGUUGGCGGCCUACGCCCAAUGGUACGCUAACCAAAGACGGUACGACUGUGCCUUACAACAUUCUAAUGGUCCUUACGGGGAGAACAUAUUUUGGGGGAGUGGUGGGUUUAAUUGGUCACCAGCCUCUGCAGCCCAAUAUUGGGUUGAUGAGAUUAAGUGGUAUGACUAUAACUCCAAUUCUUGUGCUUAUGGUAAGGAUUGUGGUCAUUAUACACAAAUUGUUUGGAGGAGUUCUACAAGGAUUGGUUGUGCUAAGGUCUUUUGUUAUAAUGGUCGUGGUACUUUUAUUACCUGCAAUUAUGACCCACCUGGCAACUAUAUUGGUUCAAGGCCCUACUAAUAAAGCCCGAAUGACCCGUCCCAUUUUAAUAACUUUGGCCCAUUAAGUUAGCCUGGUCCGACUCCGAUCCAUUAUGGAAGCCCAAGGAGGCAAGGAUUAUGUACCUAAGGGAUUAAGGACAACUAAUAUGGGAUUAGUGAUCAAUUAUUGUGUACUUUUUGUUAGAACUUCGCUCUUGUGUGUAACUGGUUAGUGGUUCCUUGUUCUAUGACAGAGGUUUAAAUGGAUGAAUUACGUAAUGAAAAAUACUAGCUUAUUUAUA